AUGUCAGUUGGAACAGUCUUAAUCACCGGAGGUACUGGAUACAUCGGUUCCUUUACAACUUUGGCCUUACUUGAUCAUGGUUAUAAAGUUGUGAUCGUUGAUAGUCUAUAUAAUUCUUCCGUUGUCGCAUUGGAUCGGAUCGAAUUAUUAUGCGGCAAACGACCAGAUUUCUACCAAGUCGAUGUCACAAACGAGGCAGAGUUAGAGAAAGUCUUUGCUGCUCAUCCUAAGAUCGAUAGUGUCAUUCACUUUGCUGCUUUGAAGGCAGUUGGAGAAUCUUCCGAAAUCCCACUUGAAUAUUAUCGCAUCAAUGUUGGCGGAACAAUUUCUCUUCUACGAUGUAUGAGCAAAUAUGAUGUCACCAACAUUGUAUUCUCUUCAUCUGCCACCGUUUAUGGUGAUGCGACUCGAGUCCCAAAUAUGAUUCCUAUCCCAGAACACUGCCCAAUUGGACCCACAAACCCAUACGGACGUACCAAGAGCAUGAUUGAAGAUGUCAUCACUGAUCACGUUAAUGCGCAAAGAAACAACUUGAAGAAGAAGGGAGAGAAAUAUGAGCAGUGGAAUGGUGCAUUACUGAGAUACUUCAACCCAGCUGGUGCUCACCCGAGUGGUAUCAUGGGUGAGGAUCCUCUAGGUACCCCAUUCAACCUCUUACCAUUAUUGGGUCAGGUGGCCACCGGAAAACGAGAGAAUUUACUUGUAUUUGGUGAUGACUAUUCCUCUCGCGAUGGUACCGCUAUCCGCGAUUAUAUCCACGUUGUUGACUUGGCAAAGGGUCAUCUCGCAGCUUUAAAUCAUCUCCGUGAUCAACAACCCGGUGUCCGCGCAUGGAACCUGGGAUCUGGUCGUGGAUCCACUGUCUUUGAAAUGGUCAAAGCAUUCAGUCAUGUCGUGGGACGUGAUCUUCCAUAUCAAGUAGUUGAUCGCAGAGCCGGUGAUGUUCUAGAUUUAACUGCCAAUCCUACCCGCGCAAACGAGGAAUUGAAUUGGAAGACUGAAUUAACACUCGAGGAUGCUUGUGAGCAUUUGUGGAAGUGGGUUAGUAGUAAUCCACAAGGAUAUCGUCAAGAUCCUCCGGAAGAUUUAUUAAAGGCAGUUAAGGAGAGUGUGAAAAAGAAUGCAUAG